AUGCUCACGGCGUGGCUGCUGGCGCGCACCGCGGUGCUGCUGCCCGAGCUCGACGCGCAGGGCGUGUCCAACGCUCUGUACGUGCUGGGCGCGCGGCGCUUGUACCAGCCCGCCGCUGUGGAGGGCCUCUGCUCUGCCGCCGCGCGCGUGUGCAACGACAUGGCGCCGCAGCACAUCGCGACGACGCUCUGGGCGCUAGCGCGGCUGCGCUGCACGCCAUCGUCGGGCCUGCUGCGGCGGCUGGUCGCCAACGCACUGGCGCGGCCGCCGCGCACGUUCCGGCCCGCGGACACCGCCAUGCUGCUCUGGGCGCUGCCGCGCCUGGGCCUGCGCCUGCAGCGCCACGUCCCGCGCCGCCUUGCCGCGGAGUCGGCGCCGCAGCUGCUGAGCUGCGGCGCGGCGCCGGCCGAGGCGGCCGAGCAGCUCGCCGGCCUGGCGCGCUGCGGGGUGGCGCCUGACGCAGACUGGCUGGCCAUCUUCUGGGCCGCCACGGGGCCCAGGCUGGCGGAGGUCGACGCGGGGACCCUCGGUUUUGUGGGCACGGCGCUGGGCCAGGCGGGCCCGCUGGCCGCGGCGCCGCCUGCUGAGUGGUUGCUCGCCCUCGAGGCAGCUGCUGGUCGAGCCGGGCUGCUCGAUGUCUGGCUGCCGGGGUUGGGGCGCGCGGAGGCGGGCGCACGGCUGCUGCACGGGCUGUCCAAGGGCGUGGGGCCGGGCCGGCUGGGGGCGGACGGGGGACGUCUCGCUGAGCGGCUGAUGGCGGGGGCGGUGCCUUCGGCGGACCAGCAGCAACAGCAGCAGCAGCAGCAGCAGCAGCAGCAGCAAUGGGAGCAGGGGCUGCGGGCUGUGCAGAGCCGGAAGCAGCGGCAGCAGCAGCAGCAGCAGCAGCAGCAGCAGCAUCAGCAUCAGCAGCAGCAGCAGCAGGCGUCGGUCCCCCCCGAGGUGGCGAGCCUUCUGCUGGCCGCCGCGGCGCGCCUGGGCCGCCUCCCGCCCCGCCCCUGGGUCUCCGCGGCGCUCUCCGCCGCGCGAGCCCGGGCUGAGGCCGGUGGCGCGCCCGCGCAGGAGGUGGCGGAGACCCUGUGGGCGCUGGGCAAGCUGCGGGCGCGGCCCUCAGAGGCUUGGAUGGCCAGCGAACUCCGCGCCCUGCUGCAGGCCCUGCCAGCCGCCGAGCCCGGCCACAUGGCGGUCGCGCUGUCGGCGAUGGCGAACCUCAACUACCGGCCCGGUCCCGCAUUCUGGCGCCCCGCUUGGGACGCGAGCCGCCCCCUGGUGGCGCGCGCGGAGCCGGGAGACCUGGUGGUGGCGCAGCUCGUGUGGGGCACCGGCCACCUCUGCCGCGCCUCGGGCUACGCCACGCGCCCGGGCGCGCAGUGGGUGGCGUCCCUGCUGGGGCCCUCGGGGCUGUGGCCGGCCAGCUUCCAGGGCGACGCCCUCGCGCUGCUGCUGGCCGGCCUGGCCAAGCUGCAGACCGCCCCGGACCGCGCGUGGAUGGCGCAGGCCGUGGAGCGCAGCGCGGAGGAGAUGGCGGCGAUGAGCCCGCGGUCUUUUCAGACGACCGUCACCAGCCUGGCCGCCCUGCGGGCCGCCCACUUUGCGUCGUAUUCGGAGCGCUGGUGCGCCUCGUUCAACGCCGCGCUGCCCGCCGCGCUGCCAGCCCUGGGCCAUGACGGCGUGCGCCAGCUGCUGGUCGGCGUCUGCAGCCUGCGCCUGCCACAACCCGCCUCGCUGCUCGCCGCGACAACGCUUGGCCCGUACGUGGAGGCCGCCGCCGCCGCCGAGGCGGGCGGCCUGGGCUCAGAGCGCGCGCAGCAGAUGCUGCUUCAGCUGUCUGUGCUGCUCGGCGAGGAGACGCGGCUGCCCCACGUGCCUGCGGGCCUGGCGCGGGAGUUACUGCUGCGGCGGCGGCAGCACCUGCAGCGGCAACUGGUGCGCGAGGGGAAGGACAGGGGCGGCACGGCGCGGGGCAUCGCGGGCAAUGGCAGGCGGCCGCAGGGCAGAGAAACGCAGCAGCAUCCGCAGCAGCAUUUGCUGCAGCAGCAGCAGCAGCAGCAGCAGCAGCAGCCGUUGUUGCAACAGCAGCAGGAGCAGCAGCAGCAAUUGCAACAACAGCACCCGCAGCAGCAGCAGGAGCAGCAGCAGUGGGAGGAGCCUCGGCAGCAGCAGCGGCAGCAGCGGCAGCAGCUGGGGCUGCCGGAUCAAGCGCAUCAGCAGGCUGUUGUGGCUACUGACGACGCUGCCAGCGACGCAGACGACCCCUCGGAUAGCGGCACGUCCGGUGGCGAGUUCGCCACUGUGGCGGCAGGGCGCUUCGCCAGUGAUGCCUAA